AUGUCAACACCUCAGAACAUUGGCAUUAAGGCAAUUCAAGUCUAUAUUCCGAAAAGCUAUGUUACACAAGAUGAUCUUGAAGAUGCCGAAAUUUCUAUUCUUGGAGAAGAAUUUCGUACAAAGAUUAAAGGUAAAUAUACAAAGGGCCUUGGACAAACUACUCUUUCAUUUUGCACAGACCAUGAAGAUACUGCAUCUAUAGCGAUGAGUGCCGUUCAAAAGCUUUUUGACACUUAUGGAUACAAACCAACUGAUUUUGGUCGUUUGGAAGUUGGUUCAGAAACAUCAAUUGAUCGUUCAAAGUCUAUCAAGUCAUUUAUUAUGCAGUUAUUUGAAGAAAACCAUUCCAUUUUAGGAGUUGAUAAUACAAACGCUUGCUAUGGAGGAACUGCUGCAUUUCUUAACUCGCUUGCAUGGAUAGAAUCCUCACAAUGGGAUGGUAGACUUGCCCUUGUUGUUUGCAGUGAUAUUGCUGUUUAUGAUGACAGAGUUGCCCGUCCAACAGGUGGUUGUGGAUCAGUUGCAAUAGUUUUAGGCCCCGAUGCACCAAUAGUAUUUGAAAAAGGCUCUUUAACUAACUAUUUCAUCAAUAGUUAUGAUUUUUGCAAACCAAAUCCAUCAAAUCCACAUCCAAUUGUUGAUGGACCACUUUCUUUGAUUAUGUAUUAUGAAUGCUUAGAGAAUUGCUACAUGCAACUCCGCUCUCGCCAUCCUGGAACGACACUUGAUAAAUUUGAUUUCAUUGUUUUGCAUACUCCAUUCCAGAAUCAUAUUAAGAAGUGCACAGGUCGACUUAACUUCUUAGAUCAGCAUCAGGAUAACAAUGAUCCUGAAAUAAUUAAGACAAGAACUGAACAUCAAACAGUUUCUCAACAAUCACAAGCAGCUGCUAACAUAUUUAAAGGGAAAGUCCAUCCAGCAUCAUUGUUAUCUGAAAUGUGUGGAAAUGGAUACACUGCUUCCCUUUAUAUGGCUUUAGCAUCUUUAAUUUUCAACCAAGAUUUGAUUGGAAAGAGACUUUUGAUGUUUAGCUUUGGAAGUGGAUCAGCGUCUUCAAUGUAUGCAUUGAAUGUUGUAGGAGAUACCAAAUUUAUGAAAGAUGCUUUGAAUCUUCAAGAAAGAUUAGAUAACAGAGUACAAAGAAAGGUUUCUGAUUAUGAUAAUGAUGUAAAACUUGCAGAUAAAAGGUAUUUGACCGCUCCUUAUGAGCCAGAAGAUAGUUUGGACUUAAUUGAAAAAGGAUCUUGGUAUUUGGAGAAAAUAGAUGAUAACUGGAAGCGUAUCUAUAGGAUAAAAGAGUAA